AUGCGGUCCACAAUAUUCUUGAAGUUGGCGCUUCCGCUAACGUUCAUCAUAUGCUACACGAUAUUCUACCUCUAUGAGCCGCACGGGAGCAUCGGUCUCGUAUUCUAUCAACGAGAAUGGAUACAGCGCGAAAUACUCCCGCUAUCUCCACUUGGAGGAUGCUUUGAGCCCGAGCGAGUCAGUCCACUGUACAAUAUCAGUGACGCCGUGUAUGGCGGGAAACGCUUUGAGGUUCAGGCAGGGAUACCAACGCGGAUGGGUAUGGACUGCUACGAGUUUGCAGGAACGGUAAGGUUUGCAGAAGGGGAGUGGACGGAAGAAGAACGGUAUAUUCCACCAGAGGAGCGAGCGCAGUUUCACACAUAUUGGCGCGUCGAUCUCGCGGCCCUCGGUGAGAGACAAGAGUACAUGCUAAAGUCAUUCUUCGCUACGCAAGAUCUUCCCCGCUCUCGUCUAAUACUCUGGUCGAAUGGCGACCUAUCACUCAAUCCGGUCGUGCAAAAAUAUCUCGAGCUGUUCCCCGACUCCUUCACACUGCAAAUAGUGGAUAUACCUAAAUUAGCCAAAGGCACGGCAAUGGAGGAUCACCAUUUGCUCAACCUCGAGGACAAGAAGGCAUGGGUGGACGGGGACCUCGUCCGAUUACUUGUCACCUGGACACAUGGUGGUGCUUGGAUAGACAUGGAUAUGCUCCUAAUUCGAGACCUUUCCCCAUUACUUGAGCACGAGUUCGUAACGCAAUGGGACUGUUACGACAAGAUUUACCAACCAUUUAAUGGCGCGCUCAUGCAUUUCCGCAAGCACUCGCCUUACCUCUGUGAAGCCUUCCAUCUCAUGGCACACAGCACUCCGCCACGUUCUCCAAGCACCGACUGGGGCUCAGUUCUUUACCUUCGGCUGUGGCGGCGCCUCCUUAACGAAUCCAUACCCCCCUUCAAAAUUCUACCCUUCUGCUUCUCCGACCCUCUGGUGUGUCGUCUCGACAACAGAGCGCCAGACCCAUUUGAGCCUGAUCGCAGAGACGGGAAAUGGACAGGCAGACCUGGGGAGGGGCUUGAGGAGGGCGGAGCGCUGGAUAGGGCGCUAGGGAAAAUAUUUGCCGUGCAUUUGCAUAAUCGCUGGGAUAAGCUGUUUCCCAACGGUGGUUGGGUGGAGCGGCUGCUGUUGCGGCGACAUGAGGAGGAAAUGAAGAAGAAGGUGAAAAUAGACGGUGAACUCUGA